GGUAGACCUAAGAUUCUUGAUUGCUCUUGUUAUUGUUGAGCUACUUGGACAAUAUCCAUUUUCUUCUACCCAACUUGUCCCUAAUGCUUGGUGGAUAAUGAUUGGAUUUUUCUAUUUCUUGUUGCUCCAAGGAAUAUCCCUUAGUACAGGGGUGUUUCAAGCAUUCUUCCAAGUGAAGGAAAACCCCUAGAGUUGAGGAUGGUGGUAUCUCUCUUCCUCCGAUCCCUAGGACCUUCCAAUAAGGUGGAGAUUGUCGAGCAAGAAGGCUUUGAGUGUGUACCCUCUUCUCAUCGAGGAAGAGUCUCAGGGCUAGUCAUCCACAAGAGGAAGAGCUCGAACAAGACGAGCCCUCGAAGAAGAUCAAAAGAUGGUUUGGGCCCCUCACCAGCUUUCAAGACUCCAUCUAAACCUCGCCCUACCCAAGUGGUCACUAAGAAUGCAUUUGCAGGGUUGGACUCAUCCAAGGUGCAAUAUCUUAAGAUAUACGGGCCUUCUUUGGACAUUCUUCCAUUAUUCAUUCUUCUGAUGCCAGUGGGCUCACCUGAGGAGGCUCCAAAGGGUACUCCCAAGAUGCAGGCGGUGGCCUGUAGGGAGUCGAAGGUAGUUCUUGAGGUGCCUAUCACAUCUACCUUGCCCGCCACCUUCGAGCCUCCUCUUGAGGCAAGUGUCGAUGUAGCAAGACCCUCUCUGCCCUCCUCCUUCGGCGGUCCGAACUUCAUCAAAAGGGUCAGACUUGUCCAUCAAAAGCUAUCCAUCUUUCAACCUGAAUGGUUGAUUACGAUGGGCAAGUCGAUGCUUAACACUUAGGGAGACUCUAAGAUCUAUUGAAGGCUCAUGGAUAGGCUGAUCCAUCCUCAAGUCAAAGAGGUGAUGAGAAAGCAGAUGCUUAAGAACACUGUCCAAUGGUUCUAUAACUCCACCAUCAAGUUUAGGAUCGAUUCACGAACUUUGAGGUAUUCUCUCUUUGUCUAGUUUAACCAUUGUGUUUUCAUGCUUACAGGGUGUCUACCACACCUGGGGUCCAGCCUUCCUCACCCAACACCUUCAAAAAGAGCUUCACUAGACCUACUAUCACCUUCACAAAGCAAAGGAAGGCAAGGCAAAGGUCAAGGAGGAGCUAUCGACAAUGACCGUCUCGAAGAAAGUGAAGGACCAAGCUCGGCAAGCCAGGGCUAAGGCAAAAGCUGCUGAGCUGAGAUGGAAAGAGGUGGAGGACUCUUGAGUGCCAAGUCUCCUUGGCUCGGAAAGAGGGCAAUGUUGAAAUAAGUUUCCCCCAAAUUCAAUUGGAUGAGACCACGGGCUGGCUCUCUAAAGCCGAGAAAGGGCACCACCAAGUCAAGAUUCGAGCAACCCAAUUUGGGGAAGAGAUUACUUUGUUGAAGGAACAAAUGGCCCACACCAAGAAAAAGGUGGCUAUGGCAAAGGAAAGUACCAAGCAGAGGAGAAGAUGACCCAAAUUGAAGAGAAAGCAGUCCAAGCAGAGCCAAGAUCAACCCAAAUGGAAGAGGCUGCUCUUUAGGCUAUCGACCACAUCAAGGAGUCUAGCAGCUUUCAUGGAGAGUUGCUAGAGAUUGGCCAAGAUGCCAAUUAGAAAGCCUUCUAGUGCUAUAAGGUGGAGCUGGUUAAGCACUUCCGAAAGACCGCUUCAGCAACAUUACUCUUCCGACCUGUCUCAUAGGUGAUAACUUGGGGAGUGAGGAGGAAGAGGAUAAGGAAGAAGAGCAAGGAGAGGGAGGCCAGUAGCUCUUUCACAAUGAGCUUCUUGUAAUCCUACCUUGGGGCAUUUUGUAGCUUGGAACAACACCUUAUACUCUCUUCUAGAAUUGAA